AUGGGCUCUCCAAUAGCACCGGUUGUGGCCAAUAUAUUUAUGGAACAUUUUGAGGAUAACGCUUUACGAACGGCUCCAAUCAAACCCAGAUACUGGUGGAGAUAUGUCGAUGAUGUGUUUGCCAUUGUUACAAGACAAGGCUUAAGCUUGUUGUUGGACCAUUUGAACAGUAUACAUCCAAAGAUUGUAUUUACAAAGGAGGAGGAAACGGACGGAACUCUUCCGUUUUUGGAUGUUCUAGUAAAGCGGGAACCCACUGGAAAUCUUGUACAUACGGUAUACAGAAAGCCGACCAACACAGAUCGUUACUUAAGAGCCGACUCACACCAUCACCCCUCACAUCUGUCGUCAGUACCACGCACUUUGAUCAACCGUGCGCUUCGGUUGUGUGAUCCACAGUUUAUUGAGUCGGAAUUGUCACACGUACGACAGGUGUUAGAGAGCAACGGCUAUAAUUGGCGGCAGAGUUACCGCCUUGCAAACACAUCAAGCAAAGGACGGCCACAGGAUGUUGAGCGUGUCCCGGCAUACUUGCCGUACGUGCGGGGGAUAACGGACCGAAUUGGUCACCUGUUACGCCGGAGAUAUAGCAUCAGGACCAUUUUCCGACCCCUGACACAAAUACAGAAAAUACUGCGGUCCCCUAAAGACCGGGACCCUCUGGACAGCCCUGGGGUCUACGAAAUUCCAUGCGAUUGCGGUAGGAACUACAUCGGAGAAACGGGGCGCAACAUAAAAACUAGACUCACGGAACACAUCCGGAGCAUUCGCAAGCUCGACAGCAACGCCUCGGCGGUGGCGGAACAUGCCCUUGCCUCCGAUAUGUCACAUUAUAUUAGGUUCGACAAAGUGAAAGAGCUAGCCCGCGAGAAGCAUUUUGUAUCCCGCAAGCUUCGUGAGGCAAUAGAAAUCAGCCGUCGGCCUAAUUAUAAUAGAGACAAGGGUUGGGCUCUGCCACCCGCGUGGGAACCCGUGCUGCUGAAUGCGAAGCGGAAUAAGAUCGACAAUGUCGAAGACAACUUAGUGGACAUUGUAAGUGUAUUUUGUGCCCCCGUUAAUAAUAAUAACACCACCACGUCAGUUUCGAGCUCGUCUGCGCCGACGCACAUAGUGAAUAGUGUACCCCCCGCACCCCCCGCGCCCCCCGCCCUGUCGAAACGCGCGAUGCGGGCGAGGGCACGCAGUGACCGUCGCGACGCGCUAGCAAGUAUACCCGAUUAA